AUUUCCCGACAGUCAUUGAAGCUAAAAUUUUGCCCACCACCAGCAGCAGCAGCAGCAGCAGCAGCCAUCCAAACAGAUUUCAUUCACUCAGUGGCCGCUCCGUGGAGAACAACAGGCUACCUCCCGCUGUCCUGUGAUGCUGCACAGCUAUGGGACAAAGGAAACAAAAAACCCUUAUGAAUCAAGGUUGCUAUCUAACAAAGAGCCAUAAAAUCAACAUCAACUUGAGAUCCUAAAUUAGGGGAACACUGCAAAGACAGCACCUUUUUAUUAUUGGUUUCAUGUUUUUUUGUUUUUUGUUUUUUAUUUAAGAAUCUUAUAAGCUAUUUAAUGUAUCACUCCUUAGACAAUAUUCUAAAGUGUCAAGCUAAGGAAGGUGAUGUUAUUCUGUAUUCAGUCAAGAUACCCCUACCACUAUUGUGCAGUGGCUUGUAAGAAUAUUUUGGCACUAAUGUUGUGUUUUGAGAGGAUGUGGAAUAAAAUAUACUCAUAACUGGAGGGGUUCAGUCCGCCCCAGUGCAACUGGCAGGGCCGAGUCUUUUCUCCAGCUCCCAGCUCUGUCCUCAUGUGGCAUUAGAUACUGACUGACUUGUCAGCACAGCCAGGAGUCAACGGAAGCUGCAUCUCCAGCUGCGCCAUGACUUCAUCGGACAAUGAAGAAACAGGGAGCGACCUGUCUCUGGAGAUCCACGAGCUCCAGGAUCAGUACACGGACCCAGAAAACUGCUUCAAGUCCAAAAGCUUACCCAUCCUGAAUGGACCGUGUCAGCCGGAUCGCAUGGCGGCAGAGCCUCGGCUGGUCAACACAACCCAUACCUGUGUGGCCGUGCGGGAGAGCAGCGAGCUACAGUCAAAAACCCCAGACUCCAGCCAGGCAGAGUCCCCCUCCUCCAGGACAGAUUUCUCCCCCUCUUUCUCCAGCAUGGUGGGGCUCAGCAGCUCUUUACCUGUGGAGGGCCACAGGGCUGUCGCCUCCGGGGGCAAAAAACUUGGUUUCUCUCUAACACGCCUUAUCCGCAUCCCAGCCAGGAAGUAUGUGCGGGUCAUCCUCAGUGACUCCCGCUGCUUCCUGUUCUGCAUGUGCUACCUGACCUUCAUCCAGUCCCUGAUGGUUUCGGGCUACCUGAGCAGUGUCAUCACCACCAUUGAGAAGCGUUACAGUCUGCGCAGCUCUGAGUCCGGCCUGCUGGUCAGCUGCUUCGACAUUGGCAGCUUGCUGGUGGUGGUUUUCAUCUCCUACUUUGGAGGCAGGGGUCAAAGGCCACGCUGGCUGGCUGUGGGUGGUGUGGUCAUUGCUGUUGGGGCAGCAUUGUUUUCCCUGCCCCACUUCAUCUCGCCACCCUACCAGAUCCAGGAGAUGAACUCCUCAGCGGGCCACGAAGGUCUCUGUCAGAGUGGCAACAACAGCGGGCGUGAAUUGCACGAUGUGGCAUCAUGCCCACGCGACCAGGAGGGAAAUGAGCACAACCUGUAUGUGACUCUGUUCAUCUGUGCCCAGAUACUUGUGGGCAUGGGUUCCACGCCAAUCUACACCCUGGGCCCCACCUACCUGGAUGACAAUGUGAAGAAAGAAAAUGCAUCUCUCUAUCUAGCCGUCAUGUAUGUGAUGGGAGCCCUGGGACCUGCAGCUGGCUACCUGCUUGGAGGCGUCCUCAUUGGCUUCUACGUCGACCCCAAAACUGUAGUCAACAUCGACCAGAGUGACCCUCGCUUUGUUGGCAACUGGUGGAGUGGCUUUCUCUUGUGUAGCGUAGCCAUGCUUCUGGUCAUCUUUCCCAUGUUUGCCUUCCCCAAAAAGUUGCCUCCGCGCCACAAAAAGAGGAAGAAGAAAAAGAUAAGCUCGCCAGGUGACGUGUCCAGCGACGACGAUGUGAUGAAGGAAAAGUCCAGUAGCAAAUGCCAGAACGUCUCUUCUUCAAUCGGCUUUGGAAAGGACAUCAAAGACCUCCCCAAGGCAGCGCUGAGGAUCCUCAGCAACAUGACCUUCUUGUUCGUCAGCCUGUCCUACACGGCGGAGUGUGCCAUCGUCACCGCCUUCAUUACCUUCAUUCCCAAAUUUAUUGAGUCACAGUUUGGUAUCCCCGCCUCCAACGCCAGUAUAUACACUGGUGUGAUCAUCGUACCCAGCGCCGGGGUGGGCAUUGUGCUGGGGGGCUACAUCAUCAAGAAGCUGAAGCUCGGUGCCAGAGAGUCGGCCAAGCUGGCCAUGAUCUGCAGCGGGGUGUCUCUGCUCUGCUUCUCCACGCUCUUCAUAGUGGGCUGUGAGAGCAUCAAUUUAGGAGGCAUCAACAUACCCUACACUACCGGUCCGACCCUGACGAUGACCCACAGGAACCUGACGGGCAGUUGCAACGUGAACUGUGGCUGCAGGAUCCAUGAGUACGCUCCGGUCUGCGGCUCUGACGGCAUUACCUAUUUCAACCCCUGUCUGGCUGGAUGCAGCACUGUGGGCAAUGACAGCACCGGGAUCAGGAACUACACCGACUGCGGCUGCGUGCAGAGCAGACAGGUCAUCACUCCGUCCUCAGGCGGCCAGGUCAACCAGCUACAGCUGGUCAUUGUUAAAACCUACCUGAACGAGAACGGCUACGCUGUGUUGGGGAAGUGCGACCGCACCUGCAACACUCUGAUCCCUUUCCUCAUCUUCCUCUUUAUCGUCACUCUGAUCACCGCCUGUGCCCAGCCCUCCGCCAUCAUCGUCACACUAAGGUCUGUUGAUGAACAAGAGAGGCCUUUUGCUCUUGGGAUGCAGUUCGUCUUGCUCCGAACUCUUGCCUACAUCCCCACGCCCAUCUACUUUGGUGCUGUGAUCGACACCACCUGCAUGCUGUGGCAGCAGGACUGCGGCGUGCACGGUUCCUGCUGGGAGUACGACGUCACCUCGUUCCGCUUCGUCUACUUCGGCCUGGCCGCCAGCCUGAAGUUUGUCGGCUUCAUCUUCAUCUUUCUCACCUGGUAUUCGAUCAAGCACAAGGAGGACCGGGCCGAGCGCUGGCGCCAGCACCUGCCUCCGCUGGGCACCGUCAGCGAGCUCAUCUGCCACGCCGGGGGCCAGAAAAGCCACGCUCGCACCCGCUCCUGCCCCGUGUUCAUCCCGCCUCGGCCCGACCCGCCGGCCGCCCUGCUGCUCAACCGUGGCCACAGCAGCCUCAGCUGCCCCGGCAAUGCCCUCAAAGCAAUAACCCCGCCCAUCCUGUUGCCACAUCACCACAGAGGCUCCGCCCAUGUCUGAAAGCGCGCCAAGCCUUCUCCCGGGGGUCAACGUGACAUGUGCCUUCCUGUUUGAGUUUCUGCUUUCCACCUAUCAGACACCAGGCAGGGCUCCACAGCUGCUGUGGGGCUGACUGGCAGAGACACCGGUGCGCCCACCAUACUUAAAGGGCUGCUCAUUGUUAUUUAUAUUAACAUGACAGAUGUUCUAUUAUUCAGACCAUGUCUUCAGCUGCAGCCACACACAGCAUCCACCCAGAAGGUCAGACUUCAAGGUUCGGACGAUGUAAAGACAUCACAUGGUGCUACUGUUUAAAAGGCGGGGCAUUAAAAUCUCUGUACAGACAAGAUGUGUCCUCAUCAACACGGCAUCAAAAGCACAACUGACAAACCUGUACUAUGCAAGAUCCUGUGUACAGCUCCUCCCUUCUCAGUACUGUACAGCUCCCUCUGUAUUCAACACCUGUAGCUCUUUCUUCUUCCCUGCUCAAUUUACACAUACCACCAUGUUGUUGUCUGCUCACAGUCUUAGCUGUGAGCAUGUCGGCCUCUUCUACCUUUAGAAUUAACAAGUGGGAUUUUUUUUCCCUUUUUUUCGUAACAGUGCCUCUCAGGCUGAUUCGGCCAGUCCAGUAUACAAAGCUAGCUACCAGGGUAAAUGCUAGCUACUGAAAAAGCCAGUCACUAUCCCCUCAGCUGAGUGACAGUAUUCUGCUAUUUAUUUUUUUUUCCUUUCAUGUUUGGGAGCAUUAAGUGUUGUCACAGAGAUCGAGUCAUUGCGCUUCUCUCGCCUCUGCAAGGUAACCAUGUAACUUAAAGCACCAAUGUUACAGCUGUAAAUUACUUCUCAUCAGUGAGCAAGAUAUCUGUAUUUCAUUACACGUCAUCACACUAUUUUAUUGUGACAGUGUGUCAUAAUAGGAGAAAGGAACAAGAAUGAUAUCUCGUCUCUGACCAUGUGCUGAAGCUACUGUGUCCAAAAGGUGUGAUUGUACUUGAAACUGGAAAACAUGACAGAGAUGUAAGAAAAUGUGGCAAAACUGCUGUUUUCUGAACAAAUUUGAUUUGAUUUUUAAACACAGCUUUAUCAAAGUAAAAAUAUUUUGUAUCUAAUGUAUCGCAACAAUCAACAACAAACGCUGCAUAAUUUUGGCAUUGUAUUGUAAUGGCUUCUCCAUUCUAAUGGUCAUCAGAUGUACAUAGUAGUUAUCUAGUAGUCUAGGCUUUUAAAAUAAGUAGUGCGGAAAGCAUGAAUAACGGUGAACCUCAUUUUAUCAGCAAGGGUUAUCGGACGAUUAUUCAGCUCCCGGUGUGUUUGUGGGGCCUCUAGUGGACAGGGAGAUGAUUGUGAGAAGGCCAGUGAAUGUUUGUCAGACCUACUACUAUGAAAUUCUUGGUUAAAAGGUUAAUUGUUAAACUUAAUCACUGCAUCGAAUUUAGCACUCCAGUUUUCCAAAGAUAUACCUGAGCAAGAGAUAACCUGCUGUCUCUGAACGAUGUGUUGCUGCCGUUCAUGUGACUGAGACAAAUUCUAAAACUGUCAGUUUGGCGGUGAAGGAACAUUCACUAUAUGACACAAAUGAGCCUUAACUGUUAGCAGGUACCAUCUUUUAAUAGAAUCGUCUAAUUUCCUUUUGCCUUGUGCUCUUGUUAUUUUCUAAAUUAUCUUUAUGGAUUAUUUACCGUCCUUUGAAUAGGACAGGUAGUGUUUGCAGAGGAAACAGAAAAAGUGGUAAUAUGGAGAGGAAAAAAAAAAAUAAAAGCUUUGUUCGAUAUAUAUUAGGUGCAUACAAAAAGUCAUAUCUGUGGUACAUGUUUUAAUAACCACAUUUUUAUGAGUGUUUUCUUUUCUGGGGGAGAAUAAAAGAUGAGUCUAAUAAAGUACUGAAUAUUCUGAUCAGUUCGACUUUGUUUUAGUUAUUAAAGGUUUGCAAAGGAAUGGAGAAUCUGAUGCAGUGAGUAAUACAUUUUAAAAGUUAACGUUUUGGGCCAAGAUUCAGGGUGUUCCGCCGUGGUAAUGGCAGCGACUACUUUUAGUAUUAUGACUUAGUACCUCAAAUGACAUAUUCAUAAGCGGUUCAUCGUGUAAAUACUGAUGAAACAAAUGAAGCGUAUUAUAGAGCGCACACGUAGUUAGAAGCAUAUUUAUGAACUAACCCAUUGUAAUUAAAAAGAGGGGGAAAAAAGACUUAAAGCUUGUAAAAAAAAAAAAAAAAAAAACUUUCCGUCAUGAGUUAGUUAAUUGCGAUGUAUUUUGUUACUGUCGAGCGGACUACGCAGUUAAAUGCCAAAGUUACGCUACCCAGAAUGCCCUUCUUUCCAUCUGUAAUGAUUCUAUAUCCUUCCUUUAGUGCUCCGUAUUUAUCACAGUCUCAAAAAAGGAAUUCCAGUUUAGGAUUAUUGAUCCGGUUAUGGCUGCUUAUGAAAUUCUGUUCUGAUAAAAUACCAAAUGUUGAGUAAAAAUUUUUAAAUAGAUUCGUCUUAUACUUACUGAACUUUGCAAACUCUCUCUAUAGCUUUUAGUUAGUGACUCCCUUGCUAGGCAGAACAUAAUGUUAUACUGCUUGAUUUCAGGAAUAUUUGCAUUUAGAAAAGUAGAAAAGUAGAAAAGUAAUAAUCUCAAGGCCAUGUUUUACAGGGAUUUAACAGCUAUGUGUAUUGUCAAAUUUGUGAUAUCUUAGUUACAGGUUGGAAAUUGGCUUUUAUACACAGAACUCAACGAUGAGGUGACGUGAACCAGAUCGUGCACUCUUUGCAGGGAUGGGUCGAGAAUCAUACAGUAAUGCCACACUGAUCAUUAGACAGUAAAUGCAGGGCUGUCUGCCUUUUACUGUACUGCUACUGACUACUUGGAAUUCAGUGGCCUGCUGUUCAAAUGCCUGGACUACUACUGACACAGACAACUUAAAGUUGCCUGUAGAUUUGUUUUAACACAUUUUCCUUUCAUCAGUAUUUAAAAUGAAAAUGCAUUACCUGGACAGAACAGAAGCUAUAUUCUGAAAGUUGAGCGCUUAUUGCAUUUGUUCCUCCAGAGCAGAAGUAUAACUGAUGUUUGUGAACGCUUGGUUUACAAAUGCCUUGAAUACUUGAUAUUUGUCAUUAAAAAAAACGGGAGA